AUGGAUACUCUAUCGACCCGUGCACAAGAAAUCGGUGGAACCUUAUCGCAAAUACUGAACAAAUUCAUGUUAGUACAAAAGAAUACCUACGAUCAUGAAUUAAAUACGAAUGGUAUAUGUAAUUUGGGUGUGGCAGAAAAUUAUCUUUGUGAGAAUGAAUUGAUUUCCAAAUUACAAUCGAUUCAAAUAUGGAAUACAAGUCAUAUAUAUUAUCCGAAUUCCGUUGGACUUCUCUCCUUCCGAGAAACUUUAUGUCAUUUUUUUCAAAAUACAUUUCAUCUUAAUUAUCAAUUGAAUCCCGAUCGAAUGCUUAUAUCAAGUGGUUUAAGUGGUAUCAUGUCACUGAUCAGUUAUGUUAUCGGAGAUAAAAAUGAUGUACUUUUAAUCGCAUCCCCAUAUUAUACCGCUUUCGAUCAUGAUGUUUCAGCUUUUUCGAAUUGUGCAAUAUUUCGAUGUCCGUUGCUGGAACAAGAUUCGGGUCAAUUUAUUCUGUCUGUAGAAAUUUUCAAACAUGGCUAUGAAAAGGCAGUGCGACAAGGUCUUCGUCCUUGUGGAAUUAUUCUCGUUAACCCACACAAUCCAACCGGUGAUAUCUACGAUGAAGAAGCCAUUCAACCUAUUUUAGAAUAUGCUGCCGAAAAACAACUACAUGUUAUUAUCGAUGAAAUCUAUGCAUUGAGUAUAUUUGAAGAUGAAAAACCGUUUCAGUCGAUGUUAAGUUACAAGCAUAUUAUCGAUCCUCAACGCACACACUUUGUUUGGUCAUUAAGCAAAGAUUUUGCUUUGAGUGGCCUGCGCCUAGGCGUAAUCUAUGCUGGUUCCGAGAUUUUAUGUUCUUGUGCAGCGGCACUUAAUUUCCUUCAAGUUCCAUCAACCAUUGUUCAAGAUAUUGCCAGAAUGAUUUUUUCUGAUCAGUCGUGGAUUGAUUCAUAUGUAAAACUCAAUCGUUCACGUUUAACUGCACGAUACAAGAUUGUAAAGCAGAGAAUUGAAGAUUUAGAUGAACGUAUUCGUGUUCGCCAAACCAGAGCAGGCUUUUUUAUUUGGGCUGACCUUCAUUUACUAUUACAUGCGACUACAUUUGAAGAAGAGCAACGGUUAUUUGAAACUAUAUUCAGUCAUGGCAUCUAUAUGAGUCCAGGUCAAUUUCUUGGAUGUUCGCAACCCGGAUGGUUUCGUAUUAUAUUUUCUGUUCGAGAAAAAUGGAUUGACGAAGCAUUCCGACGAUUAAAGCUGGCAUUAGAUGUUUACAAUCAGUCACCGAUUCCUUCAACGGCAUAA